GGCUGAUAUCAGCUAAUGAGAGAUAAAAUUCAGUUACGUUUGAAAGUUUAUCGGGACAAGUUCGUGUUUAACCAUAAAAAAAUAAAUAAACUUUAAAUUUUAGUUAAAUGUAUGUGAUUGAAUCGACAUGAGUGUUUUGUGAUUUUUUAUUUUUCGCGUUCUAUGGUCCGGUCGUAAGGUUGUUGUUUGUUGGCAACAUCUAAGUUCACUAUUUACCUAAAUAAUUAAUCUCGUGACCUGUUGAAGAAUUUUACGUAUUCCUAUAGUUUAGAGUUUAGGUGCGUGGAGUUGAGUGUGUGAAAAGUUUAUUAGAUUUUGUUAGGAUAUGGAUCCGCAUGAAGAUGAGGCAUCCAGGGAUCCAGGAGCAGCAAAAAAUCAAGGAUCUUUUGACGAGAAGGAUUUUGAAGGACACCGUGCACACAGCGUCUUUGUCGGAGUACAUCUGCCUAACGCGGAGAGAAGACAUUCGCAUAGAAGACACAAACAUCAUCACCGAUACUCAGAAGGGGGCGAAGAAACAAAUUCAGAGGACGCAGACAGGCCCAGUACCCCACCCUCCCAGAGGGUCCAGUUCAUACUCGGUGAAGACAUUUCCGAUGAAAAACAUGAAAGCCAUCCGCUUUUCUCCGAAAUGGAGGAGCUCAUCACAGAUGGCGAUGACAUGGAGUGGAAGGAAACGGCACGCUGGAUCAAAUUUGAGGAGGAUGUGGAAGAAGGGGGAAACCGGUGGUCCAAACCUCACGUAGCAACGCUCUCCCUACACUCCCUCUUCGAACUCCGAAGCCUUAUAUUAAAUGGAACUGUCAUCCUGGAUAUGGAGGCCUCCUCCAUAGAGCAAAUAUCGGAUCUGGUCCUGGACAACAUGGUCAACAAUCUAAGCCUACCUUACGACAAAAAGGAUAAAGUGAAAGAGGCGCUACUGAAAAAACACAGACAUCAGCACCAAAGGAAGAAACACGUCCUCCCAUUCGUCAGAUCCUUCACUGAAAUCGGAAGAAAUCAUUCGACAUCUAAAAUUGAAGACACUUCUUCUUAUUCGGAAGAAAAGUCAGGAAAAUCCCCUGAUUUCGGAAAAUUCCUUUCUGUUCCUGGGAUGGGUACAGAAAAACCCCACAGCAUCAUUAAGAGCACCAGCAACCUCUCCAUAAGCCGUAACCAUAGCGCCAACAACUUGGACCACUUGAAUUCAGACGCCCCUCAACAUAACCUCGCUUUUAUGCGGAAAAUCCCGCCCGGCGCAGAGGCAAGCAACAUCUUGGUCGGAGAAGUGGACUUUCUCGACAAAACCAUGUCGGCUUUCAUCAGAUUGAACUCGGCCACUAUAAUCGGAGAUUUAACUGAAGUACCUGUACCCACCAGAUUUGUUUUUAUUUUGCUGGGACCGCCCAACACGGCCUCCGGCUACCACGAGAUCGGAAGAGCUAUGGCCACCCUCAUGUCCGAUGAAAUUUUCCACGAGGUGGCGUAUCGUGCCAAAAAUAGAAGCCACCUGUUAGCAGGUGUGGACGAAUUUCUGGACGCAGUUACAGUUCUACCUCCGGGUGAAUGGGACCCAGCAAUUAGAAUAGAGCCCCCCGCAGCGAUACCCUCGCAAGACCCUAGAAAGCGCCCGCCAGAAAAGCCCAUGGAAGAGUUCGACGAAGAAGAGGAGGAACAAAAAGCCCGCGAAGAGUCGGGAUUGGCCAGAAGCGGCGUGCUUUUCGGCGGUCUCAUAAACGACUUCAAAAGGAAAGCACCGUGGUAUUGGACGGACUUUAAAGACGCCUUAUCUAGUCAGUGUAUAGCCUCCUGGAUUUUCUUAUACUUUGCCUGUUUGUCGCCCAUAAUCACCUUUGGAGGUCUGCUCGCGGACGCCACCGGUAAAAAUAUGGCCGCCAUGGAGUCGCUGGUGUCGGGAUUUGUGUGCGGUAUUGUAUACGGGUUCUUCUCCGGCCAACCUCUGACGAUAUUGGGGUCCACGGGGCCCGUUUUGGUCUUCGAGACCAUAGUCUACGAUUUUUGCACGACUAUGGGGUGGGAUUAUCUUUCGUUUAGAUUCUGGAUAGGCACUUGGAUUGCAGUUAUAUUACUUACUCUGGUCGCUAUUGAUGCCAGCGCGUUAGUUUGUUAUAUUACGAGGUUUACAGAGGAGAAUUUUGCCACUUUGAUCGCAUUUAUAUUUAUUUACAAGGCUGUAGAAAAUGUUCUAGUAAUAGGCAAAAAGUUCCCUAUAAACAACUCAGGUUCUACCAACUUCACCUAUGAUUGUUCUUGUUUAGUGAAUACCUCUCUCCAAAUGGAACACCCCGAAAUAGCCAACUGGACAGCACUUAAUAAAACUACAUGUAUACAACUAAAUGGAACAUUGGAAGGACCAGGAUGUUUUACCCCAAACUAUACACCGGACGUAUUUCUGAUGUCCAUAGUUUUGUUCCUGGGAACAUUCCUCUUGUCUAUCCACUUGAAAGACUUUAAAAAUGCACUAUUCUUCCCUUCAAAGGUUCGUCAAUUUAUCAGUGAUUUCGCUGUCAUCAUCGCCAUUCUUUCCAUGACCCUCCUUGACUACAAAGUGGGAAUACCAACGCCGAAACUCGAAGUCCCCCACGAAUUCAAACCAACUCUCCCCACCAGAGGUUGGAUCAUAAACCCCUUCGGCAAAAACCCGGUUUACUCGAUAUUCUUGGCCUUGCCACCUGCGUUACUCGGCACGAUAUUGAUAUUCAUGGACCAGCAAAUCACAAGCGUUAUAGUCAAUAGAAAAGAGUACAAAUUGAAGAAGGGUUGUGGAUACCAUCUCGAUCUCUUCAUUUUAUGCAUUUUGAUCGAACUGUGUUCCCUGAUGGGUCUACCAUGGUUCGUGGCCGCAACCGUACUCUCCAUAAACCAUGUUAACUCCUUGAAAUUGGAGUCCGAAUGUGCUGCUCCGGGAGAAAAACCGCAGUUUUUGGGGGUUAGAGAGCAAAGGGUUACGCAUAUUAUGAUUUUCCUCACCAUUGGGUUAUCGGUGUUUUUGACGCCUGUUCUGGGUCAUAUACCAAUGCCCAUUUUAUACGGGGUGUUCUUGUAUAUGGGUAUUGCUUCGUUAAAGGGCUUACAAUUCUUCGACAGGAUUUUGAUCAUGUUUAUGCCGAAUAAGUAUCAGCCUGACUACAUGUUCCUAAGACAGGUCCCCAUAAAGAAGGUCCAUAUCUUCACAGCAAUCCAACUAGCAUGUUUGGCGUGUCUGUGGACAAUAAAAUCCUUCAGCAGCACCUCCAUCCUCUUCCCGCUGAUGUUGGUGGUAAUGAUAGGAAUCAGAAAGGCCCUGGACCUGUUCUUCACCCGUCGAGAGCUAAAAAUUCUCGACGACUUGAUGCCCGAAAUGACGAAAAGACACCAGCUACUCAAAGACGAGGUGGGCUGUAUGUCUAGUCUAAGUAGAUGUAUUCUAGGACCAAAAUUAAAAUUACAUAAAGACGUCAAGGAGUACGUUGAGUGUGAUCAGAAAGUCGUUUAAUUAGUGCCAAGAUUAUACAAAUAGAGGCUGUUAUACAUUUGUGCAUGUUAUGAACGUUUUUUUAUUUUAUUUAUUGUAAAGUUUGCACUAUUUUUGCUACUACUACUUACUUUAAUUUUAAAUGAUUUAUACAUCACAUUUACCAUUAGACUUGCACAUAUAAUAUUAUAUUAAAAAUACCGCUUUGUCUUUCACAUACCUACCCAAAAAUACCAAACUGCAUGAUUUUUUUUGUAGUUAUAUUUUUAUACCGUUUCGUAACAAAACACUAAAAAUCUAGUGCCAAUAAUAUAAACAAUAGUACAUUACCUAAUAGGCCGGCAAAGUGCUUAUAUUAUAGCCGAGCUCAGUUUCGCUGCCGAGGCGGUUAAUAUGCUUUCUCCACUGUUUUUUUUUUCAAUAAAUCUGUACUCACAUUAAAAUUCUUGAGUUUGCGACAUUUUUUAUAGGUAGAAUUUAUUUUACAGUCCCCUGUAAUUUUACAGUUACCUACACAGUUACCUACAUAUUUUUGUGAUAGUGUUUUUAGUUUGUAAAGCUUAAAACAUAAAAACAGAUAUUUAAUAUUAUUAGUAUUUGCUUUCACUUUUUAUGUAGUUUGUAUUGUUAGUAAACGACAUUCCUUGUGCUUGUUGUAUCUUGUUUUUCUAAAAUUUAUUUCCCAUACAGUAUUGUUUAUUUUAUUUAAAUAAAUUAGUAUUAUUAUA